CUGUGUGACUCCUCUCCCUGUGUGCCUCCAGUUGGCCAGGACCACUCCGACCUGGUGGCCGACCUGCUGAAGGAGCUGUCCAAUCACAACGAGCGCUCGGAGGAGCGGAAGGCCGCCCUGGUGGAGCUGCUGAAGAUCACGCGGGAGGACAACAUGGCCGAGAUCCUGAGGAACCAGCCGGCCCGCUUCAAGAACUACGCUGAGCUGACCAUCAUGAAGACGCUGGAGGCCCACAAAGACUCCCACAAGGAGGUGGGCCGCCCCCCCAUGCAGCCCGGGCCGUUCAGGGCCAGAUAG